AUGUCCAAGCAAAUGAAAAGAAAAUCACCAGCCUUUUUUCCUCCCUAUUUUUUUUCUCCCCAACACUUAAAUAAACACUUGCCAAUGCAUGUAAUGUGGAUAUCAUUAAUUUCCGUUCUGGCUUUAUGGAGAUUUUCAAUUAGUCGUCCAACUUUUAAUGAGAAAUGGCCUUUGAAUUGUAGCAAUAUUCAGGCCAACCUACGCCCAUUUGUUAUUCCCAAAACGCCCCAUCUACUGCCCUACACUUCUAAGGCACCGCUUCAUUGCCAGGAUACCAAAAACGGUCAUCUCAUAAAAAUGGAAUUUUUCUGGGCCAUUCCAGAGGACGUAAUUAAGCAUGCCAUCGUAGAAGAUUUAGAACCAAAGGAAGAGAUGGGAAGUAAAGUCAUUUUGAGAUCCAUUGUGACAAGACAAAGAUAUUUUUCUAUAAAACCGAAAAUACUCCUUAGGUCAAUUUAUAGAAAUGAUUCUUAUUUUCAACGAUAG